AUGGAGGCAUCGCAGCUAGGCGUUGCAGAUAAAAGGAGAACGCGGCAAGAGGACAAUUCCAAGGAAGAGGAGCAACCCAAACGGAUCAGACAAAUCCAGCAUGUGGAUGGGAAUUGGCCAUCGUUUGCUUAUAUUUUGGUGGAAGGAGAAGAAGCCACUCUUUUCGUAAAUGACAAAAUUAGAGAAUUAAAUUCGCAACUCAAUCUCAGCAGCUCAAAGCAGUUUCGACCCUUGUCGUCAGAAACGCAAGGAUUCAAUCGUUUUCACGUAAGCUUGACGCGUUUAUUCUUUCUGCGUGGCUUCCAAAUCGAGUCCUUUGUAAACUCUGUUCGCCAAGCCGUAGCAACGCCAGCAUUUUACAUAUCAGCCUCACAAACUCGUAUCUUCACAAAUGAGGAUAAAUCGAGAUCUUUCUGUUCACUCUUGAUUCAACGCGGAUUCAACAAAGUCGUCGAUCUUAUCCACCAGCUGGACGAGGUUCUCGUGAAGUACAAAAAAGAAAAGUUCUAUGAUCCUCCUGUUCCACAUUGUACUGUGGGAAGCGUUGUUGGAGAUUUGAGCGAAGAAGCAAAGAAACUGGGGAUAUUUGGAAAUGAAACGGAGGAAGAGGACGAAGAGGAGAUUGAGGAAGAGGCGAUAGAGCAAAAAGUGUGUUCCAUUAUAUUGAGCAUUGGAAAUCAGAGUCAUAUCAUUCGUUUGAAAUAG